AUGGCUCUUAUUGGUACAAUCGAACCGUUUGCACCUGGAACUUCGGAUAUCGAAGCAUACAUAGAAAGAAUGGAUCUGCUAUUUAUCUGUAAUAUAGUCGAAGAAGAUAAAAAGGUUCCGUUGUUUCUAACUUUAAUAGGAACGGAAACAUACUCGAUUUUAAAAGACCUGGUAUCACCAGAUAACCCCAAGAGUAAAAGCUACAGUCAGUUAAAGGAAGCGCUAACUACACAUUUUAGUGCAAAAAAGAUUGUCAUAGCAGAGAGGUUUCGUUUCUAUCGGUGUAGUCAGGGGGUGAAUGAUGAAGCUUUGCGUGACCGAUUUGUAUGCGGGUUAUUAAAGGAGAACAUUCAAACGAAAUUGUUGUCGGAGAGUGACCUUACGUUCGAGAAAGCAUGCAGUACAGCACUCUCCAUGGAAACUGCAUCUGAGCAAACAAAAAGUCUACAACCAGCUGAUGUCAACAAAAUUAUGAAAAAACAGCAGUUCAAAACGUCAAAAGUUUAUCCAACUCACGAAAGUCAAGGUGAUCGUGAGAACUUCAAGUUCAGCAAAAAGGAAAACUACAAGCCAUGCUUUCGUUGUAAUCGAAAACAUAACCCAAGUACGUGUCCGGCAGCUAAUUGGGAUUGCUUCCUAUGUCAUAGGAAGGGGCACACCUCAACAGUAUGCCGUGCAAAGAAGAGCAGGUGGGUCAGUCAAGUCGAAGAGAUGGAGUCCGAACAUCAAGGGGGCGUGGACGUGCUAGAAUUAAACCAAGUUACAGCUGUAGGAGAAGAAAACGGCGACCUGCAAGGGGUUCAUUCCUUAACGGCGGAAAUGAAUACAGUUCGCAGUCUCGCAAUCAGUCACGUAUCAAACAAAAAGUCGGUACCUGUCCUAUGUAAAGUCUAUGUAAAUAAUAAUCCAAUAGUUAUGGAAAUAGACACAGGGGCAGCUGUAAGUAUUUGUUGUCAACAAUACUUUAGUUGUAAUUUUAGCUCGGAGCGAAUAAGAGGUACAGACAUUAAAAUGCAAGAUGUGUCGGGAAACGAGAUCAAGAGUGUAGGACAAAUGAAUGUAAGAGUGUCGUUGAGUGCUACUGGUCCAAGUCAUAUGUUGUCGUUGAUUGUAUCUAAAACGAAAAAUAGUUCCUUCCCGCUCAUGGGUCGGAAUUGGCUUGAUGUAAUAUUACCGUCAUGGCGAAGUGCCUUUAGUCCUUAUUCAAGGAACUUUGACACCAGUAUAUGUUCUAUUACGGGGAACGAUAUUGUCUCAGAUUUAAAAAAGCAAUUUCCCAAAGUCUUUUCCGAAAACAAAGUCAAUGGCAUAACUGGUAUCAAGGCUCGUUUAGUUCUAAAAGAUGAUGCGAGUAUGGUUUAUCACAAAGCAUAUACAGUGCCAUACAAAAUGAAAGAGUUGAUAGAAAGUAAGUUAAAGACCAUGAUUAAAGAUGGUAUUCUAAUUCCGGUAACACACGCAGAUAUUGCUAGUCCCAUAGUGUGUGUUCCAAAACAAAAUGGUGGUAUUCGAAUAUGUGUAGAUUUUAAGAAAACCCUUAACCCUGUCCUGAGAACCGAUUACUACCCUCUCCCUACCUUGGAUGAAAUCUGUCAUAAUAUCAAGGAUGGUAAAGUUUUCACAAUUCUAGAUCUGUCGGAGGCGUAUUUGCAAUUACCUGUCGAAGAGCAAAGUCAAGAGCUCUUAACUAUCAACACCCAUAUGGGCUUAAUGAGAUUCACUAGACUUCCAUAUGGUGUCUCAAGUGCUCCUGCAAUUUUUCAGUCUACCAUGGAAAGGGUCCUAGAAGGUCUUAAGGUAGGAAUUUAUAUUGAUGAUGUAAUUAUAAGUGGACGUAACUUUACCGAGUGUUACACAAAAGUCAAAGAAGUAUUAUCUCGUUUCGAAAAGCAUAAUAUUAGAAUAAAUAAGGACAAAAGUAUAUUUUUUAAACCAGAAGUGGAAUUCUUGGGAUAUAAAUUAGUCGAAGGAGGCCUUCAGCCACUACAAUCUAAAGUGACAGAAAUUAAAAACGCACCUGUUCCAAGAGAUGUUACGCAAUUAAGGUCAUAUGUGGGAUUAUUAAAUUUUUAUAGUAAAUUUAUCCCAAUGCUUUCAACUAUUCUACAUCCACUUUAUGGAUUGUUAAGAAAAGACGUGGUGUUCUGUUGGAAUGAUGAAUGUCAAACAGCUUUUGAUAAAUCAAAAGAAUUGUUGGGGCAUUGUUUUACCUUAACUCAUUACAACCCGGAUAACGAAAUCAUCAUUACCACAGAUGCAUCCGCAUAUGGAUUAGGUGCCGUUCUAAGUCAAAAGGUAAAUAAUGAAGUAAAACCUGUUAUGUGCGCAUCCUGUACAUUAAGCGCAGCAGAGAAGAAUUAUUCUCAAGUGGAGAAGGAGGCACUGGGUAUAGUAUUCGCUAUCAAAAAAUUUCAUAAAUUUAUAUUUGGACACAAAUUUACAUUGAUCACAGAUCAUGAACCUCUAAAAACAAUUUUUGGCAACAAGAAAAGUAUACCAACUCUGUCACAUUCACGAUUACAAAGAUGGGCUAUCAUAUUGUCGGGAUAUGAAUACAACAUCAUUUAUAAAAAGGGAUCAGAAGUGGCAAAUGCAGAUGGAUUUAGUAGACUACCAUUAAAACUAAAUUCGGGAGUCCAAGAAGUUUUAUCAUUCACAAACAUGGAGGAGCAACCCGUUACAGCUGAAGUAGUAAGGUCCGAAACUGGAAAAGACUUAAACCUGAUAAAAGUUCGGCAGUACGUCAAGGAAGGAUGGCCACAACAAUGUCCAAAUGAAACAUUAAAACCAUAUUUUAGUAGAAGAAUGGAAAUCACCAUUGACAACGAUUGUCUCAGUUGGGGAUGUAGGGUGAUUAUUCCAAAAACCUUACGUGAACAUGUGUUGGAGUUAUUACACGAUCAACAUCCAGGAAUCGUGCGAAUGAAGCUACGAGCAAGAAGCGAUAUCUGGUGGCCUGGAAUAACACAGGAUAUUGAAGAGAAAAUCAGAAACUGCGAAGAAUGUCAAAUAUAUGCCAAUAAUCGACAAGAAGGAAAAAUGUUGCAAUGGCCGUUAGCGACGAACAACUGGCAGAGAGUUCAUGCAGAUUUUUUCAAAUUUGAAGGCAUCGAAUUCCUGAUAAUUAUCGACAGCAAAACAAGAUGGUUAGAGGUAUUUAUGAUGCCACAGGGAACUAAUGCAGCGAAAACAAUUUCUAAAUUUAGAACUGUUUUCUCUUGUUUUGGAUUACCAGAAAUUCUGAUAACCGAUAAUGGUCCCCCAUUUAAUAGCAAGGAAUUUGAAAUUUUUUGUAGAUCAAAUGGGAUCCAACUAAAACACAGCCCGCCAUAUCAUCCACCAAGCAAUGGGGCGGUUGAGAAACAAGUCCAUACCACUAAAAGGAACCUCCAAAAGCAAUUAUUCCAAAGUUCAAAAUGCACAGAAACCAUAACGCUCUAA